AUGCUCGAAAGCGACAACGGCGCGCGGCCGCUGCAUGACGGCACGGUGCUCAUAUCACCCGAUGCAUCUCCCAACUUGACAAGAAGGGCAACGAACCACUACAGUGCCGAAAAUACAGAGGCGCCGCCACUUGUCGAUUUGUUGAUGCGCGCCUCUGAGACAAUCCGGGAAGAGCGAGGGAGGGCAGACUCUCUGGAGAAGGAAAACGCUAAGCUCCAAGCGCAGCUAGACGGUGUUCGGUUGGCCUACCAACUGGUGGCAACUCAACGGGCGCAGCGCAACUCGCAGACGUUGGGGAGGGUGACGGCACUCGACAAGGCUGGCGACGACACGCUGUUUGCCUAUGUGAGAGACCGACUGAUCGGGACAGACAGGCAUCCCUCCUCAGAGCACGAGGGAUGCAGCUGCACACGUGAGAGCAGCAGUAGGGCACGGUUGGGACAGCGCCAGCGCCGCUCAAACGCUGCUGCCCCGCCCGUGGCGUCGGCAGCCGCGCGAGCGCCUUCACACGGCUCCAUCACAGCUGCGACACGGAGCUGCACGAAAAGAGGGUAUGCCGGCAUCACGCCACCCGAAUCCGUAUUGCCAAAGACAGCAGAGCCACACAUCUCGGUGGCAACGGAAGCGCAUGACAAGCACGGUUACCUGCCUACCACGUUGCGAAACUGUGACCUGAAGUCAGCAAAGGACCAUCUGGCCACUUCCCUGACUGGUGAUGGCAGUCGCAAAGGCGAAGAAGAUGCAGAAAUGGUGGAAGGCGGCAGCAAUACUGAGGAGUCCCCCACACACUGGAUGGCUCGUCGACUUCUCCGAGCACUCGCCCCUCGUCCUACAGACAGCGUUGUGGGCGACAUUGUACACACCAUGGUUACUGCCUUGCAGAAAGACGUGCAAGCCGAACUCAGCAGGCCGAGUGACGGUGGGCACGCUGCUCCAAGUCGCAUGCGCGGCUUUGCGCUGGUGCGACUACAGCCGUGUGUCUACCGCCUCCUCGUUGGCCCUCCUGCAGAAGUGAAGGCAAUGGAGCGUGCAGCACGCGGUGGCAACCGGAGCGCUCGCCAAACAACACCGCGGCUCCCCUCCGCAGCCCUCCACCGCGACCACUUCCUCCUCUACAGCGGCAAUCCAGAACCCAACACCGCCACGCACCCUUGCCCUCCGACGACGACGAAUACCGUACUUCACCUCACCCUUGACACCGGUGCUCUUCGUGUGGUUCGAGGUGGCGGACACGUCGACCUCAUCGACUACUUAGAGCGCCGCCUGCAAACAAAGCUGUACACCAGACGGAGUCGUCUCGCCUAA